AUGGCUGAACCCUUCCCAACCCCGACGACGACGCCGAAGCGCAAGAGGGACGAGGACGCCCCGCCGGUGUCGCCGAUAUACACAACCUCCAAAUUCUCCUUCCAGCUGCCCGCCGACCAUCCCAAGAGCAGCGACGCAGAGGACGGGAGCGCAAGCCCGCACAGCAAGGUCGUUCACAAGUUUCGUGGUCUGGCGUUGGUUGGGAAUAGUGGUGGGGGCGGGGUAGCCCAGCAACAGAACCGAGCCUCCGCUGCUGCUGCUGCUGCUGGACCCCAGGGUCUUUACGCACACGGCAGCGCCGCAUAUGACCCGACGCGCGACGAGCACAAGAACAGUAGCGGGUACGGAUAUUCUGACGACGACCCCUUUGCGAGCCGCAAGAGAGUCAAGGUUCUUGAGCUGGAGAUGACGGACGUUGAGGGCGACAACAAUGCACUGGUCGUCAUUCCGGACCCCGAGGUCAAGAGCGAUCCGGUGCCUACCCCGAAAUCGAACCUUACCGAAGAAGACGCUCCCAGUGCUACCGCUGCAAUACUGCCCGCGAGCGCACAACAACAGCGCUCGCAUCCUUCGAUCGACAAAUUACAAGAUCCAAAAGUACGAGGACGGAGACGAGCUGGUACACCACCGCUAAAGGGUCGCAAGGGGACAAGCAAGACCAACCCCACCAACGCAGCAUCUGCCAUUGCUGGACCGCAGCAACAGCAAGAAGACCAGGAGAUGAAGACGAUUGUGGACCCGGUCAGGGCCGCGCUUACCUGGAAGGAGGAAGAGAUUACGAUUUACGACCCAGAAGACAAGGACGACGAUGGCACGGGCAUCAACGGGGUUGGGUUCAUGCCUACAGCUGCGAUGGCAUAUGCGCGAACACAAAAGCGCCGCCUGCAGCUGGCCGAGUACAAGAAGAGGGAGGAGAGCGAGGCGAGGGCUAGGAGAAGUCAGCGGAGACGAGGGAGCGGUGCUGGUCUUCCUUCUAAGCCUUCUGCUGGCGGCACCAGCGGCGGCGUGCGGAAGGUGCGCUUCACCGAAUCGGAAGCCAGCACAGUUGUGACGAACGUCUAA